AUGGCGGACAACCCGGACAAUACCAACUCGCGCUUCACAGCUCAGGCACCAGAUGUUGAGGAUCGACUGAAAGCUGACACCGUCGGACUGGUCACCUUGAACGACUUCCGCAAGCGUCGUGCUGAAGCUUUGGAGGCAGCGCAGGAUGUCAGUGCUAGUGGAGCUGUCAGUACGACUGCAAGUGGAGCGACCACACCAGAUUACAGUGAACCGGUUGCCAAAAGCGCAUUCAAGAAGAGGAAGAAGGCCGUGAAGAAGGGUGCAUUGUCAUUCGGGGACGACGAUGAAGAAGAGCAGGGAGUGGACACGAGUACCGCCCAAACACCCACAUCCACGUCUCCGAAUGCCUCCGCUCCAGCGACCGAUUCCGAGACAGUAUCCGAUGCAUCGACCGCACCGUUCAAGAAGCGUCCGCUCCGACCCAAUGCUACUCUCGGUCACCAGCCAAAAGCCAUGACCAAAUCAGCACUGUUGAAAGAAGCUCAGCUCAAGGAGGCAUUGCGGAAGGAAUACACACAAAUACAAGAGGCCGUCAAAGCUACGGAGUUUGUGCUACCAUUUGUUUUCUACGAUGGCAAGAACCAGCCUGGCGGAAUGUGCAGGAUGAAGAAAGGCGACCACAUAUGGCUGUUUCUCGAGCGAGCACGCAAGGUCGGCGCGGACAAGGCAGACAAGGGUCGCAGAGACUGGGCACGAAUCUCGGUCGACGAUCUCAUGUUGGUCAAGGGCGAUUUGAUCAUUCCUCAGCACUAUGAGUUUCAUCAUUUCAUCAUCAAUCGUAGCGUCGGAUAUCUGGGGCCCCUAUUCGUCUACUCUUCCGAACCAACCUCCGCCACACCGAAGGACCUUCUCCCUGCGAGCGAUGCGUCUGAUUCCGCUGCAUCGGAAGCGGCGGACAGCGCCAACCAUCUGAUGACCGCCGCUCAACGCAAGCAACAAGCCGCCGCAAUCGUGGGAUCGGACGACUCCGAACUUGAAGGCUUCGAAGAUGAUCCGAACAUGACCAAGGUCGUUGAUCGCCGGUGGUAUGAGCGCAACAAGCAUAUUUAUCCAGCGAGUACUUGGGAGGAAUACGAUGCGACCAGGGAUUAUUCGACCGGAGUUCGGAAGGAUAAGGACGGAAACAAUAUGUUCUUCUCGCGUUCGCGGUGA